GAGAAAUAACUUUGAUCCAGUUCUGUAAAUACGAUCUAGUCGUCUAAGUUUGCCGUGUAAAUGUAUUCAUACUGUUGAGAUCCACGUCGUUGGAGGGUUUAGGCAGUAAAGAAAUAAAAUGUGUCUCUUUUUCUUCACUAGUUUAAAUCGUUUGGUUGAAUUAUGAGAGGUGAGGCGUGCAGGAACGUGUGGAACUCCAGGUUUUGUCUCGACGCUCUUUAAGUCAGCCCCGCAUCUGCUUACUUUUGGCCCUUUGUAGUUUGCACCGCUGUCUGUGCUCUGCUCCACAUUUUACUUGGCAGUUCUCGCCACACGGACGCUCACCCGUCGCUGCGUAAAGCCGCUGCGCACCGCUUCGGAAAUGUAGUUUUGCGCUACCCCGCCGGUCUCCAAAAAUGGACCUAAAAUCCGAACUCCUCAAGUCCAUUUGGUACGCUUUCACGUCGCUGGACGUGGAAAAGUGCGGCAAAGUUUCCAAAUCGCAGUUAAAGGUGCUCUCUCACAACUUGUACACAGUGCUGAACAUUCCACAUGAUCCAGUUGCUCUGGAGGAGCAUUUCCAGGAUGAUGAUGAUGGUCCAGUGUCUAAUCAUGGCUACAUGCCCUAUCUCAGCAGAUAUAUACUGGAUAAGGUCAAAGAGGGAAUGUUUGAUAAGGAGAAAUUUGAUGACCUGUGCUGGACGAUGACCAAGAAGAAGAACUUCAGAGGGGUGCCACAGGGGAGACUGCUAUCAGAGAGAGACUGCUUCAAGCUCUUCUGUUUAUUCAACCUCCUGUCAGAGGACCGAUACCCACUGGUGAUGAUACCAGAGGAGGUGGAGUAUCUCCUCAAGAAAAUCUCCACUGCGAUGAGUCAGGAGUGGGAUGGGAAUCCCAUGGACGACUUGCUAUCCCAGGAUGCUACAGUGUGGGAAGAGGGAAUGUCUGUGUGGACCUUCCUGGAAGACAUGGGUACAGGCCGGCUGCUGAGGGUCACCAGUGCUGAGGCCUUCAGUCUGGCUUUAAAUGAGGUGUUUCUGGAGAUGUAUCACAGUGUUCUCAAGAGAGGUUACAUGUGGAAAAAGGGUCAUGUGCGUAGGAACUGGACUGAGCGCUGGUUUGUGCUGAAGCCGUCCUCCAUGGCUUACUACGUCAGUGAGGACUUAAAAGACAAAAGAGGGGAGAUCCAGCUGGAUCACAACUGUGUUGUAGAGUCUAUUCCAGACAGGGAGGGGAAACGCUGCCUGUUCUGUGUGAAAACCCACAGUAAAACCUAUGAGAUGAGCGCUCCUGACCAGAAACAAAAGGUGGAGUGGACUCAAGCCAUUCAAACAGCCCUCCGUCUUCAGAGUGAGGGAAAGUCUUCCCUUCACCACGAACUUAAACUGAAGAGACGGAUCCAGCGGGAAAACAGUCAGCGGGAACGCAGCCGGAGUGCCCGCAGCAGCUGCAGCAGCCGGGGCAGCCAGUCUGAUGACAUGACUAUCCAAGAGACAGAGAAGGUGGAAAAAGAGAAAAGCAAACAGGAUUUAGAGAUUGAAAACAUCAUAAAACAUGCACGGGAACUGGAAACUCGCCGAAGGGAGGCAGAGGAGAGAGAGAGGAGGAAACAGAGGGAGGUGCAGAUGGAACUGGAAAGACAGCUGAAAGAGGCUGAGAUGAUGAAAGACAGCAUGCAGGCUGAGAUGCAGGAGAAGGCAAAGGAGGCUGAGCAACAGAAGAAGAGGAUCAAAGAGUUGGAGCUGACACAGCAGCAACUGGAAGCUGCUCUUAACAUGGAGAUCCAGGCUCGGCUAGAGGAGGAGAGGGCCAGACUGGAGCUGGAGAGGUUGCUGGAGGCUGAAGAUGAGAAGAGGAAGCAGUUCCAGCUCCUUCAGGAGCAGCAGCGGGCCCUGCAAAACCUCAGCCCCAUACAGGAGCUCUCAGACAGCAGUCCCGAUGAUGAUACCCCCUCAGCCCUCCACUCUGCCUCUCAGGAGCUUCAGGAUCUGCAGGCAUCUCGCCAAAGAAGCCACCAGCACCUGGAGGAGGUUCAGGAGAAGCUGAGGAAUGCCAGUCAACAUGUACGGCACUGGAACGUCCAGCUGAACCGACUGAUGACACCCAUUACUCCUGCAGAGCGUUUGGAAAGCCGCCUGUUAUCAAAACCUACGUGCCCCAGAAAGGAGGGAGCGCUGGCCAGCAAUGAGUUCAUCACUAAGUUUAAGAUAAGAGCCGCUCAGGACAGAGACGAUAACGAGAGCCUGGAGCUUCAGCUGGAGGCGGCCAACCUGUCCGAUGAAUCAUACGAGUCACAGAGAGAAGCCAACGGACAAAUGUGAUCGCGGACAUUUUAAAAAGCAUAGAAAUUCUUCUUUUGAGUAACACUGAAGAUUGAGAGUUAAGGGAAAAAUGUUUUGUAAUGAAUUUAUAUUUGAUUUGCACACUAAGAGAGUGAUGACAAUGAGCACAGUGUGAUUCAAGAUUUAAUGAAAACACAUCCGACUAAGACCAACUGAGAUUUACAGUUUUGUACAAUAAAGUUUAUUAAUGAGUAAUAAAGCAAAUUUGUGAUCUUUGUUGUUUUCCUUAGUAUCCAUUUGAAUUUUGCUACAACAUGAAUUAAAACCAAUCAGGAGUCAGAAUUUAUUUUUAGUUAAGAUGAAACUCUCUUCUAGCUCUGCUCUCUCUUUUUGUGUAUUUUUUUAAUCUACCCCCAAAUUAUACGAUUUUAUAUAGUAAAAAGUAUACUUUAACUUAGCAAAUUUUUUUUGGAUUGUUUUCAGUUCACUUUGGGGAUUACAGCAUUUUUUUUAAUGUAACAUAUUUCGCAGUAAAUUAUUUUGGAGUAAAUUAAUAGGUCAUUGUGACAGCCAGUGUUCACUUAUCAAAGAUAUAUUUGUAUAUACUCGAUGUUUAUUGGGGUCAUUUAAAAAAUGAUUUUUCUGCCAGAGAGUAUUUAAAAAAAAUCUGUAAAAAUGUUUUAGCUAUUAUAUUAACAGAGAACGGAUUGUUACAUGGAUUGAAUUUACAGACUAUAUAGCAAUAAAUUGAAGGGUGUAACUUUUUAUUCACUUUUAACUAUAAAAAUGUUUCUAUACUGUAUAUUACUGGUGAUCUGUAUUAUUUCUUUGCUUAUGAUUUUUUAAAACUAUGCA